UUGUUCUCGCUCAAUACCUCUCGUUCUCGUCUUUAUUUCAGUCGACUUCGAUCUCACCAUCGCUUUGUAUCUCGUGUGUGAAGACUAAAAGACACAUCGACCUCAUCAUACACAGCAGUAAUCGGCCAGCAAUCCUCCAUCAUGGGUGUCGGUACUUUCUUUCACUACUUCGGCACAGUACUGCUACUUGCUGCCACAGCACUUCUGAUCGUUGUGUCGGUUACGGCGCCUGUCGUCAAUGACCUCUCCAUCUUGAAGGUCGACUUUUCUGGUAGCAACGCUGUAGACAGAAUAACGUAUGGAACAUUUGGCUACUGUAUCAUCCACUCAAAUGGACCAGAUACCUGCACCUCUUCUCACGUUGGCUACGAUGCCACCGCCGCCCUGGCUCAGGUUACUCAGGUCUCGUUCUCCAAAGGCGACCGUGAUAGCGCCAAGGUUCUCACGAGGGUACUGAUUCUGCAUCCCAUCGCCGCCGGCCUCACCUUUUUGGCCUUCUUGCUCUGCCUGGGCACCAGCUUCCUCGGUUCUUUUGUCGCCUCUCUCUUCUCCUUCUUGGCCUUUGUCGUCACCCUCGUCGCCAUGGCCUGUGACUUUGCUGCCUUUGGUAUCAUCAAGCACGCUGUCAACUCUCGCGGCCCCAACAAUGUCGUCGCUAGAUGGGGUCCUACCGUCUGGUGCAUUCUCGUCGCUGCCGUCUUGACCUUGAUCGCCACCGUUCUGGUCUUCAUUACCUGCUGUGCUGGUCGCUCCAAGAAGAGACGCGCUCACCGCAGCAAGGCUGACUACUAAGAAGGGAAUCGAUUUUCCUCUAUCUACCUACACGAUGAAACUGCUCGAUUUCUAUAAAGAGCAAUGAUGACGCUAGCGAUGUUUAUACCCGUCUUUAGACAAGAACAAAUCUCAAAAGGAAAAAAAUGAAGAUAUGAGAGGGAGAGAACAUACAACAACGAAUGUUUUGUUUAUUUUGUGCAAGAAUGGGGAAGAUUUUGAUCAUGAUACCACGAAGGGGCGCGGGACGGAUUGGCUUGAGGAUUGGUCAUGCUGGGACCUGAGUUAAUGUUUCUUUUACUAGUCAUUAAUAUCCUAAUGUAUUUUUUUUUGAACGCCGAGACUAAAUAUGAGCGGGUUGUGUUGUAUUUCUAUCUAGGAACAAUAUUGGCAAAUACUAAUUGAGUUAAGCACUGCAAUCAUGGAAGUGACGAGAGUAAAAAACGGCAAUCUGGAAG